AUGGCAUAUACCUGUGCAUCCACAGCACAAUCAAGAGAGACCAAACCCCCUCCAUCUCUCGUCUCCAUCAAUGAGUAUGCUUGGUUGAAAGCCGCGGCGCAGUUUCCUUUCCAGAUCAGGAAUCGUGAAUACGAAAGCGAACUUCACGUUGAAAAACUGCAUCUCUUUGCCCCCCUUGAUGCGUUUACGAAGACUAGUUGCGACUUCAAUUAUCUAGAAGUUCGAUGGAAGCCCGCGUCGACCUGCUUCGUCUGGACGCUGGGAGCCAACAGAGGAGAUCGAACGAUAGGCGGACCGAAAUGGCUGUUGGAUAAUAUAAGCUACAUAUAUACCCUCUUGCCCCCAUGGGUUUAG